CCAGAGCAGGAACAAGGGUGGGUGAGUCCCAGCAGGACAGGCUACAGGGAAUGGCCCAGGUUUGGCUCCAAGCAGCCUCUCCUGACUUGUCACUGUCCUUUCUCCAUGAACAGGUGCCCAUGUGCAGCCACAGCCAAUGUCCAACAGCAGCUCCAUCAGCCACUUCCUCCUGCUGGCUCUGGCAGAGACGCGGCAGCUGCAGCUCCUGCACUUCUGCCUCUUGCUGGGCAUCUCCCUGGCUGCCCUCCUGGGCAACGGCCUCAUCAUCAGCGCCGUAGCCUGCGGCCACCACCUGCACACGCCCAUGUUCUUCUUCCUGCUCAACCUGGCCCUCAGCGACCUGGGCUCCAUCUGCACCACUGUCCCCAAAGCCACGCACAAUUCCCUCUGGGACACCAGCACCAUCUCCUACACAGCAUGUGCUGCACAGCUCUUUUUCUUUCUGUUCUUCAUUGGAGCAGAGAUUUCCCUGCUGACCAUCAUGUGCUACGACCGCUACGUGUCCAUCUGCAAACCCCUGCACUACGGGACCCUCCUGGGCAGCAGAGCUUGUGCCCACAUGGCAGCAGCUGCCUGGGCCAGUGCCUUUCUCAAUGCUCUGCUGCAAACAGCCAAUACAUUUUCCCUGCCCCUGUGCCAUGGCAAUGCCCUGGGCCAGUUCUUCUGUGAAAUCCCACAGAUCCUCAAGCUCUCCUGCUCCAAAUACCACUUAAUGGAACUUGGGUUUCUUCUGUUUUCGAUCACUUUAGGAUUUGGUUGUUUUGUGUUCAUUGUUUUCUCCUAUGUGCAGAUCUUCAGGGCCGUGCUGAGGAUCCCCUCUGAGCAGGGACGGCACAAAGCCUUUUCCACCUGCCUCCCUCACCUGGCCGUGGUCUCUCUGUUUGUCAGCACUGGUAUAUUUUCCUACCUGAAGCCCCCUUCCAUCUCCUCCCCAUCCCUGGAUCUGGCAGUGUCAGUUCUGUACUCAGUGCUGCCUCCAGCCCUGAACCCCCUCAUCUACAGCCUGAGGAACCAGGAGCUCAAGACUGCAGUGAGGAGACGGAUGACUGGAUGGUUUCAGGGAAUAUUAAACAGCUGGCCAAUUUCUACAAAUCACUUGUAA